UGUGGAUAUCCGUCUGUGCCCGAUUUGUGUUUUUAAGGAAACGUAAACAAACGUGCGAAAGGAGAAAAGGUUUAUGAGAGCUUGUAAAUCCGAGUGAAUGAAUUAUUUCUGUUGCCAGUGAAAUUAGUCUUUAAAAUGGCAUUACGCACUUACGGAGAUAAACCUAUAAGUUUUCAAGUGGAGGAAAAUGGAGAAUAUUACUGUAUUGGAUCAGAAGUUGGCAAUUACCUGCGUCUUUUUCGUGGGUCUUUGUAUAAGAGAUAUCCUGGCAUGUUCAGGAGAUCCAUAACCAAUGACGAACGUAAGAAAUUAGUGGAACUUGGACUGAGUCAGCAUGUUCUUGCAUCUAGUGUUUCAUUGUUAAGAGCUAGCGAGGUGGAAGAUAUUAUCGAGGGCAAUGAUGAUAAGUAUAAAGCUGUAUCCGUGCAUUCGACUGAACCACCAGCACCUAGAGAGGGUAAAUCCAAGAAGUCGAUGGCAUGGGUACCUAGCUUACCAAACAGUUCGCAUCUGGAUGCAGUUCCUCAAGCUACACCAAUAAAUCGAAACAGAGUACACAAUAAAAAAGUUAGGACAUUCCCAUUAUGUUUCGAUGAUACAGAUCCAUCGGCAAACUUAGAAAACGCUGCGCAACAGGAAAUGUUGGUUCCAAUACGUUUAGACAUGGAAAUUGAAGGUCAAAAAUUAAGAGACACUUUUACUUGGAAUAAAAAUGAAAGUCUUAUAACACCCGAACAAUUUGCUGAAGUACUAUGCGACGAUUUAGAUUUAAAUCCAUUAACUUUUGUUCCUGCAAUUGCACAGGCAAUAAGACAGCAGAUAGAAGCAUUCCCUCAGGAGACAAUUUUAGAAGAUCAAUGCGAUCAGAGAGUAAUAAUUAAAUUAAAUAUACACGUGGGUAAUACCUCUCUAGUAGAUCAAGUAGAAUGGGAUAUGUCUGAGAAGGAGAAUAAUCCAGAGAAGUUUGCAAUGAAGCUUUGCGCGGAACUUGGUCUUGGUGGCGAAUUUGUUACCGCUAUCGCAUACAGUGUACGUGGACAAUUAUCAUGGCAUCAAAGAACGUAUGCAUUUUCUGAAGCACCUCUACCGACCGUAGAAGUUCCUUUUAGACCUCCAUCAGAGGCUGAUCAAUGGGCACCAUUUUUAGAAACUUUAACAGACGCAGAGAUGGAAAAGAAGAUACGCGAUCAAGAUCGAAAUACUCGACGUAUGCGACGUUUAGCAAACACGACACCUGGUUGGUAGAAAAAGCACAUCUAGAAAAAGAACACUCCAUACCCACAUCUACAUUUGUCAACCAAUCUAUCAUCCUAAUUUUUAGUAUUCCCUUAUAUAAGAUUUAUAAGUAACGAUAUAAUUUUUAUUAAGAUACCAUCAUAGAAUAAAAA